AUGUCACAACAGAUCGACGCAACUUUCCAAGCCAAAGACUGUGAAUCGCCUAUUCAGAGCAUUAAUAAUCCACAAAACGUCAACCCACUUCAGAUUACGAGGCCAAUCGAAAAAAUGACCAAAUUUUCCAUUCUCGUCAAGAUAUGUGUCUUCUUCUUCGCCCUUCACGGCAUCCAGAUCUCCAUCGCUCUGGGGAGAUCGACCUUACGGACAUAUUACAACAACCAGCAUCUCGAAUCAAUUCUCAGAGCAUGGGAAAUUACAGACAAGGCAGAACGUAUUCAAUUGUUCACAAAUUAUUACGCGGAGCAGACAGAACUGAAAGCUUUUCAGACUCCACAUGCUAUAGACUUUGUCUUCCAACAUAUGCAUUCCCCGGGAGAUGAUUUCGUUGAGCAGUGGAUGUUUGAUGAAGCUUUGAACAUUGCAGAUCAGGAGGAUAAGGAAAGGAAGUCUGGCUUGGCUUAUGGAGGGCCAUGGUGGGAGGUGCCAUUUGGGCUCCAUUACAGGCACAGGUUCAAUUUGACGUCUUUGGAGAAGUUUGGCGUGGAGGAGCUGCGAGAUUUGGUUUGGGAUAUGUACCAAAGUGAGUUUGAAAUGGAAAAGCGACGGAAAAGAAGCGAGGAAAUCAAUGAGGACUUAUGA